AUGGAGCCGGCGGGCGGCGGCGGCGGGGGCUUCCCCGCGGACCCCCCGGGCGCCUUCGUGCUGAGCAACCUGGCGGAGGUGGUGGAGCGGGUGCUCUCCUUCCUGCCCGCCCGGGCGCUGCUGCGGGCGGCCGGCGUCUGCCGCCUGUGGAGGGAGAGCGUGCGCCGGGUGCUGCGAGCCCAGCGCGGGGUGGCCUGGAUCUCGGCGGGCCCGGCGGACGCGGGUCCCCCGCAGGAGCACUGCCUGGUCCGCGCGGCGGCCGCGGAGCUGCAGAACGUGCACAUCCUGCCGCAGACCGUGCUCUACAUGGCCGACUCGGACACCUUCAUCAGCCUGGAGGAGUGUCGGGGUCACAAGCGAGCCAGGAAGCGAGCGACGAUGGAGUCGGCCAUCGCCCUGGAGAAGCUGUUCCCGAGGCAGUGCCAGGUGCUGGGGGUCGUGGCCCCCGGGAUUGUCGUGACCCCCAUGGGCUCGGGGAGCCAGCGGCCGCAGGAGAUAGAGAUCGGGGAGUCCGGCUUUGCGCUGCUGUUCCCCCAGGUGGAAGGGAUUAAAAUACAGCCCUUCCGUUUCACCAAGAACCCAAAGAACCUGACGCUGGAAAGACGGCGCUUCACCGAAGCAGGCCUCCUGGACAACCCCGAGCUGCGCGUGGUCCUGGUGUUCGGCUACAACUGCUGCAAGGUGGGCGCCAGCAGCUUCCUGCAGCGCGUGGUCCGCACCUUCAGCGACACCAACGUGGUGGUGGCCGGGGGCCAGGUGGACAACCUGGCGUCGCUGACCUCUGACACGUGCCCGGUGGACGUGGACGGCGCGGGCGUGGCGGGGCUGGCGCUGAGCGGCCAGCGCGUGCAGGGCGCCACGGUGCUGCUGGGCGAGGACGUGGGCGACGAGCGGGCGGCCGAGGCGGCCGUGCAGCGCCUCAAGGCGGCGGGCAUCCCCGAGCGCCACACCGUGGGCUUCAUGUUCGCCUGCGUGGGCCGCGGCGCCCAGUUCUACCGCGGCCGCGCCCACGUGGAGGCCGACGCGUUCCGCAAGGCCUUCCCCGGCGUGCCGCUCUUCGGCUUCUUCGGCAACGGCGAGAUCGGCUGCGACCGCAUCGUCGCCGGCCACUUCGCGCUGCGGCGCUGCGGCGAGGCCCGGGCCGAGGAGGACCUGUUCCACAGCUACACCACCGUGCUGGCGCUGGUGCACCUGGGCGCCGCCAAGUGA